AUAAGAAAAUCUCGGGAAAAUCUUUGGCUUUGGCCCCUAAAAGAACAAUUUUGCUUGAGACCGAACUGCAUAUGCUCGAGAGAUCGAUCGAUCCAGAGAGAAAGAGGAGCUCUGAAGUUCGGGGAAGUCUUCUUUUGCUUCAACCAAGCAGCGAUUUUGGAUGGAGAUCAUCAUGGACUGAUUUGCUGGUUCGGUUUUCCUCGCCGGCGGAAACAUGACGAACAGCGGAGAUGAAGAGCGGAGCAGGGAAGCUGGUGGCGGAGGCAGCAGCUCGGAAGGUGGGGAUUCGCCCAGUCCCAAUCUCGAAUGGAGGUUCAAUCAGACGCUUCGAAACGUGCAAGGGUUGCUCAAAGGUCGCAGCUUUCCAGGUAAAGUUUUGGUAACACGCAAAUCAGAGACCAUGAAUGAGAGCAUAUCACCAAGACCUCCAGAGCACGAAAGAAGUUAUGAAGAGAAUUACUUUAGGAAAGGUGAACAUGAGCCCCAUUCUUUUGAGAAGGAAAGUCUGGGUUCUGGAAGCUCUAGAAGUGGUAGUAGUCCUUCCAUUGCAAGAGUGCCAUCAGUGAAUAAUGAAGUUGCAUCCCCAGAUACCCAGAGAUCUUCUUUUGGAGCCAGAGCUACAGAUUCUGCAAGAGUUACUAAAUUUACAAAGGAAAUGUCUAAACCAGCUGUUAUAUUAGGUAUGUUUUGUAGAUGACCAUCUGUUUAGAUU